AUGCAGCCCAGACCAUCAUGCAAGCUGUUACAUAUAAGGGCGAGUGGAGUGGUCCUGGAGAAGCUGUCCAGCUAUGAGCAGCGCAACUGGUCACCUGCGCCGGUAUUUAAUUUCAAAUAUGGUGAUGAUCCACCGUAUGGACCUGACGAUAUCUUUGAAUUCGCAAUGUGGGCCUUCGGUGAUGAUGGUCUUCCCAACCUUGCUGUACUCGCUUGGGGAGAUUUCUCGUAUGAAGGUCGCUAUUCGAAAUUCAAUGCACUUCUCUGCAGAUCUGACAAUGGCUAUCGACCCCUAAACUCGGCCGACGUAUCGCUUUGGGAUCUUGUGCAAAACAAUAUGGACAUGCUGGCAGCCUGUCCUUUGGAUGAUAUCAUGGGAUAA